UCUACUUGAAUUGCUAAUACCAUACACAAUGGCAAAGAACAAAAAGCUUAUGAUUCUUGGCUUCAUUCUUCUCCUAGCCAUAGGUCUGUCCUCGGCAGCAAGGACCUUGAGUGAUGGUAGAGAAGGAUAUGGAUCUGGGUAUGGGGCUGGUGAAGGUGGUGCAGGAUAUGGGAAAGGAGGUGGAGGUGGUGGUGGUAAUGGUGGUGGAUGUGGAGAAGGUGGUGGAGGAUAUGGAAAAGGAGGUGGAGGUGGCGGUGGACAUAGUGGUGGAGGUGGAGGUGGAGAAGGUAGUGGAGGUGGAGGUAGUAGUGGACACGGCGGUGGAGGUGAAGGUGGUGGAGGAGGAUAUGGGAAGGGAGGUGGAAGCGGUGGUGGACAAGGUGGUGGAGGAUAUGGAAAAGGAGGUGGAGGUGGCGGUGGACAUGGCGGUGGAGGCGGACAAGGUGGUGUAGGAUAUGGAAAAGGAAGUGGAGGUGGAGGUGGCGGUGGACAAGGUGGUGGAGGUGGCGGUGGACAUGGCGGUGGAGGCGGACAAGGUGGUGGAGGAUAUGGCAAGGGAGGUGGAGGUGGCAGUGGACACGGUGGUGGAGGUGGACAAAGUAGUGGCGGUGGACAAGGUGGUGGAGGACAUGGUGGGAGUGGGUCUGGGUAUGGAAACGGAGGUGAAGGUGAAGGUGGAGGUGGAGGUGGACAUCCUUAAAAGUACGUGUAGCUCCAUGCAUGGAUUAUAAAAAGCACUAUGAUGCAUUAGUAGCUCCAUGGCUGGAUAAGUUGAACAGUGGUUGUUGUGUCGUAUUGUUAUAAUAGUACUACUGUAAGGGCCUUUGCCUUUACGCUCUGUCGUGAGAAUGUAACCAGUUCCAUCAUGCAGCCGCAUGAUAAAUAAAACUACUGCUUUUUAUGCUUGCUUUAAUA